UCUCCUAGCUGUGAGGUCUGCGCGCUAACCACUAGACCGCCGUGCCGCCCUCACUUGGAAAUAUUGUUUGGAAAAUGUGUGAAUUUGCGGGAACAAAUUAGUUUGAAGCUUCCACCAGGACUGAAGAUGGACGCAGCAACCAUCACCUGAGCAUGUCACCGUGGAGAAGAAGUGGAAUGAUAUCCUUGAGCGGUGUUAUAUACUGUACCAGGAAAUAUGGAUGGCGUGUUGUUGUGUGAGUCACAUGACAUAGCCAUGUUCAUGAAUAUAUAUAUUGUCCCUUAUGAUAUUUCACCAUCCAGCCACGCCGCAUCAUGAAGCUGCCAAACAGGACCAUGAAAUCAACAAAUAUCAAUUCUUAAUCAUCAACUGCAAUCCUCCUCCUCCUCGAUCUGCCAAUGUACGCCAUGCGUGCUCCAUUCCAGCGCUGCAGUUCUUUGAUAGCAGGUCGGACUGGUCCGACCACGUCCAAAUCUCAGCAGCGGGACGUUGAAGUAGGCGUCCUCGCUGUCAGUGUUGCAUAUUUGCCAGCAGCAGCCGCCGGGACGCACGCGUCUUGUCUGUAUUGUUGGCGCUCCGUGGACGUCCUGAGAAGAGUCAUGGAAAGACAGGUACGCAUGACCAUGACCCACCUGGGGGUCCAGGAGGAACAUCGCAGAGAGCCAGCAGACACCAGCGAGGAGCAGUUCCUUAAAGGUCUUUACCUUUUCAUGAAGAAGCGAGAUACUCCCAUAGAGAGGAUCCCUCAUCUGGGUUUCAAGCAAAUUGAUCUAUAUGUCAUGUUCAAGACGGUCAGAAGCUUGGGAGGCUACCACCAGGUGACAGCCCAGCAGCUUUGGAAGCAAGUCUACAACUCGCUGGGGGGGAACCCACGCAGCACGAGCGCAGCCACCUGCACCCGCCGCCACUACGAGAAGCUGCUGCUGCCGUAUGAAUGCCACCUGAAGGGGCAGCUGAUGAGUGUCAUACCGCCACAUGCCAUCGAGCGCUUCCGUUACCAUGGCUACAGCCCAGAGGACAGCAUCGUCGACGGUCCGAGACCCGCCAAACGCAAGCUCAUGUCAAUGCCGCUGCACCACCAGAACCAUGCCAACCUCCAUCCGGGCCCCCUUCAGAGCCUCUUUCCUCUACCGUUCCGACAUCCGCACUACUACCACCCGAGCCACUCAGUUCUGCCCCCCUACGUCCCCGUGCCAGCCUCGGUUCUGGCAUCACACGGCCAACCGACAGCUCCCCCACCCAAAUUCCCUUUCCCCCCAUGUGGUCCCAACCCAACAGAGCGGGUGAAGGAGCCACUGGAGCAUUUGCGCUACCUGGCAGAACAGUACAAGACUUCGUCUGGCCUCGGGGAGCCCCUCAACCUUAGCAUCAAAGCACAGAGCCAGAGGAGCGACAAGAACCCGAAGUCGUCCUUCUCACUGCCCUCGCUCAGCAAAACCCCAAAGUUCCUAAACACGCCGUCCUCGUUGUACACGCCACAAUACCCGCCGGGGUCAAAGAAAGAAGGCGGCAGAAAGCCGGAUGAUGGAACGGUGGCGUACCAUUCCAAGUCGAGGGAUGACCCAGUCGUGGACCUGACCUCCAUGAGCAGCCCAGAGUACAAGCAAACCUCAACAGAGGGCAGAAAUCAGACGGAGGAGCAAGUGGAGAAUCCAGAAGGAAGGAGGUUCAGCCUGCCUUCCCAAAACAACAACAACAAGAUGGAGAUCGAGAUCCCUCUGUCCGUAUUCCACAACUGGCUGCAGCUGUACGGCCCCUCGGGGGAGCCAAGUGACACGAAGCAGCUACCUCGCCCCCUGCAGGCGGAUCAGGAGGUGCAUCGGAGCAAGGACAUGCCAACCAAUCUAUCAUUUCACCUCCACCCCCGCCAGCACGGCACCACGAUCCAAGAUGGGAGCGUGGAGAACACAGAAGCACCAAGCCCGAGGUCGAGUCAGCACAUCCCGAAGCGCCAUCACUGCAGCAGCCGCCUUAGCGACCCCGCCGCCUCCGUGGUGGCUUCCCAGCAGGGAACAUCGUCUUCACGCGGCACCAAACCCCCAACCUACUGGGAAGCUCUCGCGAAGGAGAGACCCCAGAGCCCCGUCGCUGCUCCGCAAGACCUCACAGUAACGACGAGCCGCCGUGGCGAGGCCGACGCGGUGAGUCCGAAGGCGGCCGAAUCGAGACUCCCGUCGUCGUCUUUGCUGAUGAUGAAUUCUGGCUCCGCCUCCAUGUUGCAGCUCACCAGUGAGGAGGUGAUGAAGCUGAAGAAGAUCAUCUCAAACUCAUGAUGGACACUACCAUGUUUCCACCUCGCCUUUUUUUUUUUCCCAUCUGGCCAAUGACCUCGUUCGAUUGAACGCAGUAAAUCAGCGAUUUACACCAAAUGUAAAAACUGUUCAAUUGCUAGCAUAAAUUCCCCUUCUGUUAUUCAUUUCAUAUGAACGUGUGGGAAUGUAACAUGUAUGAAUAAAUGUUCACAGCUAAUCUUCA